AUGGAGCCGGGCACAAACCGAAAGGGAACGAAGGAGAAAGGGGCCGAACAAGAGGACAGGGACGGAGAUCCCCGUUCCCAGGAUCCAGGGUGAGACGGUUAUAACCCAUUCACACACAGCGGCUCCGUGGAGAUCAAUACUCGUGACGGCGAGACACAGCGUAACAACCCCACGCCGCCUACCCUUCGAGAAUGCCAGCCGCCACGCAGCCGAUGGAAAAGGUACUGGCCUAUUACGACACAGCUGAUCACCAUUACACAAACGGCGACCGCAGAUAAUUAUUUUGAAAAAUGUGCGUUCCCUUGGCUUUCGCUUAACUCGACCACUGGGGCCACUUUAGAACCACGUCGUAACCGUAAAACACGAUGGAUGGAAGAGCAACUGUUAACUGACACCCUGCUCCGAGAAUUGAUUAAUCAAAUGGGAAAUGAACUGGCAGAUACAGUAGAUUCAUAUUUGGAAUAUCAAGACAAACCGAAAGAAAUCCCUAUUGAAUUACCCGCUGAUUAUGAUGGUAUGGACACUUUGAAUCCUAAUCCUAGCAUACGUGAUCAGGAGUAUUUGCAACAUAGCACAUUGUGGAGUCACCAACGUAUUAACAGUAACGACAAGACAAACGACAGGCAAAAAAUUAAACCUGGAAGCAUAAAGAAUAUCAAGGAUGAGAAGGAAAAUGCUUUGCCUGCGUAUUGCACACCACCGAAUCCUUGUCCGGUUGGAUAUACGAGCGAAAACAAUUGUAUCGUGAAUUUCGAAAAUACAGCGGCAUUCAGCAGGGAUUAUCAGAGUGCACAAGAUUGCAUGUGUGACACGGAACACAUGCUGGAUUGUUCGGUCGACUCCACAAACAGCAAUCUACCGAGCAUGCACAUUUCAAACUCCAAUUUCAACCAAAUCGUCGAUCAAUUCCAAGCUGAAGAAAAUCCGUUCUUCCGAGGUGAAAAAUUACCGAUCGCGGCGAAGAAAGGUCUAAACGUCGUCUAUUAAAAUAUUGGGUAUAUUUUGCUGGAAACUAUUAAGAUAUAUAUCGUUUGUGAAAUUUUACAGCAUUUUAACGUAUAUUAAAAAACAUCCUCAGUCCAAUAUGUGAUUCAGUAAAAAAAAAAAAGAAAAGAACAUGAAGUAGAAAUGAAUUUAUAACUAAAAAAAAUUUUCAUAAUUCCCUUUCAUAAACCUGGUGCUAAAUAAAAUUACAUAUAUAAAUAUUUUAAUAUCAUAUUACUAAUUAUGAUGCAAAGUAACGAUUUUAAAUCAAUGUACAUAUACCAA